AUGGACACGGAACCAGAGCCAGCGUGUGUUGUGCAGCAGGCUCAGUGCCCAGGAAUGAAGUGCCCUCCUGCAGAGGACUUUCCUCCUCAGAUAAGACUGUCUGAAAAGAUCCCACCAGUGAAGCCUUGCUUCAAGAAGAAGCAGCAAGCACAGAAGAGACUGGACACGGAAACUCUCCGGGCUUUGCGGCCGAUCUUCACCAGUUUGCUGGGGGCUGGGACCUUGGAUAGAGUCUUUGUGCCCCGAGGGCAAGGUGGUGAUCAUGGUGAUCUGUGUGAACCUGCUGUGAAAAAGACUCUGGACCUCGGUACUUCUUGCCCCCAACCAGAAAGUAACGUGACUGUGCUGGUGCCAACAGCUCCAGAUGUGCAGAGUCAGUUGCCAGUAGCUCGUCCUUCUUCUGGGCACCCUGAGCAGGAUGCUCAGUCAGGAGGGCAAGGCUUCUCACCAGACACUACUCCUGGAACAGCUGCUGAUAAUAAUAAUAAUGAAUCAUUCCAGGAUCAUCUUUUGCACCCGGCUUCUAGUGAUGGUGCAGCUUGUCCUUUGUUCCCAGACAAGAUUCUGGAAAGCUACACAUCUGGCUUAUUUCAGGAGAACAGCUGUCCGAUGCAAUACAAUUUGAACCCGAGCAAUCAAUUCAGUGCUGGGAUAUUCCAGGAUAAAAGUGAAGAAGCUUCUCUUGACCUGGUGUUUGAGCUCUUGAACCAGCUGCAGUAUCACACCCAUCAGGAAGACGGAAUAGAAAUCUGUGUGGAUUUUCUCCAGGGCACUUGUGUUUAUGGCAGUGAUUGUCCCAAACAUCACACAGUCUUGCCUUAUCAUUGGCAAGUGAGAAGGACAGCGACCCAGAGUUGGCAAAGUGUAACCAAUGAUUCCCAGGAGCAUCUGGAAAGACUCUACUGCAACCCUGACAAUGACAGGAUCAAAGUGAAAUACCGGGGACAUGAGUUUUGGGUGGAUUUGAAUGUUAUGAAAUUGUAUGAAACUGUUGAGUUUGACCAAAUGCGGCGGCUCUCCACACCUUCCUGCCCCAGCUCCAGCUCCAGCUACUACACAGUCUGGAAAUACUUCUGCAGGGACCACUUUGGCUGGAGAGAAUACUCUGAGCCAGUGGUGAGGCUGAUAGAAGAAGCCAGCUGCCGGGGGCUGACGGAGGUGCGGUUUGUUACCUGGCAUAAUCAGUAUAUCUUGAACAUCAAAGAUGGAUUCCAGCAAAACGCAUGUUUCAGAAGAGAAAUCAAGAGGAGGCCCCUCCUGCGCUCCUGCGUGGUGCUGAUGCCCUUCCUACAGACCUUGGGUGGCAACUCGCCCGCGCCCUCCCCCUCGGCUGAGCCGGCUUCCGCACGUGUCUUAUCUCCUGCUGCUCUUACCUCCCCAAACUUCUAUCCUGAGACCUGGAUUAGUAUGGAUCCAUCUCAGGACUUCAUCCAAGUGCCUGUUCUGAAGGAAGAUAAAAGCUAUAGAACCAUUUACAACCUGUUCCACAAGACUGUGCCAGAGACCAAAUACAGGAUCUUGAAAAUUCUCCGAGUGCAGAAUCAGUUUCUUUGGGAGAAAUACAAAAGGAAAAAGGAAUAUAUGUCCAAAAAAAUGUCUGGGCUUGACAGGAUAAUGAACGAGAGGCAUUUGUUCCACGGCACCUCCCAGGACGUGGUGGAUGGAAUCUGCAAGCACAACUUCGACCCCCGGGUCUGCGGGAAACACGCCACCAUGUUUGGACAGGGCAGUUACUUUGCCAGAAAAGCAAGUUAUUCCCAUAACUUUUCCAAAAGGUCACCCAGGGGAGUUCAUUACAUGUUCCUGGCGAAGGUCCUGACGGGCCGGUACACGGUGGGGAACCACACCAUGAGGAGACCCCCCCCUGUCAACCCCGGCAGCAUCACCAGCGACCUCUACGACUCCUGUGUGGACAAUUACUUCGAGCCUCAGAUUUUUGUCAUUUUCAAUGAUGAUCAGAGUUACCCCUAUUUCAUCCUCCAGUACGAAGAGGUCAGCAACACCGUCUCCAUUUGAAAGCUCCUGCUGCUGAAUCACUCCUUUGAAUGAACUCUCUGGCACUGCUAGCAGGUUUUUUUUUGGGGGAAAAAUAGAAGUGGACACUGCAGAACUGAUGAAAUUACUUGCUUGAAAGGAACUAAAUCUCCAACUAUAGGAAAGAAGAUCUGAAGUGACCAAUUGUGCACUUGCUGUUUGAUUAUGUCUGUGCAAAUUGUACAUAUUUUUCCAUUGUUUAUAGUUGAAAAUCCGUGCCUUUUGUUAUAAAACACUGUUUAUUUAUGGCAGUAAAUAUUCAUGUUUAAAA